UUUAAGGGAUGUAAGCUCACAAAUUUAAAGACCAAACGCGCCAACAAGACCGCCGGCCUCAACACUAGACUUUUCUAACCCUGCAAGCGCACACUUGCGUUUCAAAAACUUCUUCGCACCUAAAAUCAGGUUUCCAGAAGUCAAAAAUCAUGCUGCCGCUCUACAAGGAGAAACAGAUAUCUCCCUCCGUUGUUUGUACUCUUUUGCAAAACUCGAGGAAGGCGAAGACUAUAGUUCUGGUGUUCGUGUUACUGUGGCUGCUGCUCGGUGUGUGGCUGUUGUACACGUCCUACUUGUCCAAGGGAAGUUUCAGACUGGAGGACCUGCACCCGUUUAAGCGCAGUGGAGAGGGUUCGGACCAAGAACAACAUGAAGAGUCGGAGAUACACCCUAUUCUAGCGCGAGCCUUGCACAUGAAAGAUGACGGACAUGGGCUUGAAGUUGGAGCGAACGUCGCGCACAGGUACACCGAAGGGCAAGGCGGUUCGACCCCCUGGUCUCUCUCCCCUCGUACGGAACUGUGCAAAGGUCAGGACUUCGCCCUCCUCGCGUUGGUAGAAACUUCUCCGCACCGUUUCCAACAGCGCGCGGUCAUCCGGCGUACGUGGGGACAGAGCAACGCGGGGAAAACCGAAGAAGAGAACGUAAAAUGGCAGGUUGUGUUCGUCAUGGGUUCGGCGCCAGACACCAUGACGGAGGAAAGACUUGUGGACGAAUCUUUGCAGUACAACGACAUUCUUCAAGGAAAGUUUGAAGAUCACAGAGAAGAAGACAACCUGAAGGUAACUCUGGGUUUUAAGUGGGUGAACAGUACGUAUUCUAACGGCAGUUGUGUGCCUAGCUUUGUUCUCAAAACGGAUGACAACGUUCUUGUCAACAUGAAAGUCUUGGCACCCUGGGCACGAGACGCUCACGAAAUCUCGCAGCAUCUCUUCAUGGGUCACGUGCUUCGCGGCGGACGACCGAGCAGGGACCAAUCAGAGCCCAGAUACAUCUCAGAAGCGAGGUAUCCAAGGGACGACUUUCCGAACUUCGCACAAGGCCCAGCAUACAUGUUCUCAUUGGACGUCGUCAUCAGAAUGGUGAAGGCAUUUCGAGCCUUCGAACACAUGACGCCAUUUCCGUUCGAGGACGUGUACCUGGGACUUUUGGCGGAGUAUCUCCGGGUGGUUCCGAUCCACGACGACCGCUUCGUGGUCAUGAAGAAGCCGAAGAACACGUGCCUGUACCGGCGGAUGACGUUCAUCUAUGACGUCAGUCCACAGGAAAUGCUCAGUCUCUACAACAUCAUUGAGUCCGAUGACGUCGACUGCAGAGAAAUUUGAAACUAACCGAGCAACCGUUCUACAUGACUGUCAAUCAUAAUUAGUAUUUAACCAAUGAUAGCAUUGCAAUUAGAGGUUCAACCAAUGAAGCCCAAGAACACGUGCCUGUACCGGCGGAUGACGUUCAUCUAUGACGUCAGCCCACAGGAAAUGCUCAGUCUCUACCACGUCAUUGAGUCCAAUGACGUCGACUGCAGAGAAAUUUGAAACUAACCGAGCAACCGUUUUACGGACCGAUCAUGACUGUCAAUCAUAAUUAGUAGUUAACCAAUGAUAGCAUUACAGUUAGCGGUUCAACCAAUGAUAGCAUUAGAAUUGGCGGUUCAACCAAUGAUUGCAUUGCAUAAACGGUACCAAUGAUAGCAAUGCAAUUGUACGGUUUUACCACUGAUAGCAUUGCAGUUAGAAGUUCAACCAAUGAUAUUGUAGUUAGCUGUUAAACCAAUGAUAGCAUUGCAAUUAUCAGUUCAACAUUACCAAUGAUAACAUUGCAAUUAGCAGUUUAACCAAUGAUAGUAUUCUGGUUAGGAGUUCAACCAAUGAUAGCACUGCAAUGGUAGUUCAACCAAUGAUAGCAUUGCAAUUAGCAGUUCAACCAAUGAUAGCACGACAAUUAACGGUACAACCAAUGAUAGCAUUGGCAUUAAGAGUUCAACCAAUAAUAGCUCGACAAUUAACGGUACAACCAAUGGUAGCAUUGCAGUUAGCAGUUCAACCAAUGAUAGCACGACAGUUAACGGUGUAACCAAUUAUAGCAUUGGCAUUAAGAGUUCAACCAAUGAUAGCUCGACAAUUAACGGUACAACCGAUGAUAGCAUUGCAGUUAGCAGUUCAACCAAUAACAUUGCAGUUUGCAGUUGAUAAGAUUAUUGAAGCAGAAGAAAGAUAAAACUACUUCUAAGAACAUGUUACACCAUGAAUAGAAUAGAGAUAAACGGCAUAUCCAUGGGAUACAUGCAUAGUUGAAAUGCUAUUCCCCUCAAAAUUAAGUUAGAAAUUACCUGUAUUGUCUUCUAAAAUAAUACCAAUAUCUGUUGUAACAAAAAUACAUUUUUUGACAGGAAGACUUUUUGCCACUUUUUGAAAGUGCCAUAUUCCAACCAUCUAAGUUCGAUUUCUUCCAAGAGUUUUGAGGAAUAAAAAAAAAAGAGAAAAACUUAUGACCGAUUUUUUGGGAUAAGAUA